AUGGCGGACGACGACGACAACGGGCGCUUGCUGCGGGGCGCCGACCUGGGCAGCGGGACGGAUGGCGCCGGCUCCAUGGAGCACUACGACGACGAUGACGAUGAUGAGAUCGAGGACGAUGAGGACGAUGAGGAUCGCGACGAGAGCAUGGAGUCGUCAUCGAGCGAGGUCGAGAUGAGCCAGCCGUCCGGCGACGAGUCGGCGGCUGCGGCGUGGAAUUGCGCUGCGUGCACAUACGAGAACGCUCGGUCGUCGUCGAUCUGCGAGAUGUGUGGGACCGCCAAGGUGGCCGGUCCGGCUGCAACGGCGUCAGCGUCGUCCUGGGCUUGCAGUGCAUGUACGUUACUCAACCCACGCGAUGCACAGGUCUGCAGCGUGUGCUCGACACCGAACCCAGCGCAUCUCAACUCGCACCGCGGGCUAUCGCUGGCCUCGGCGCUGGGGCUCUUCUCGGACAAGAGCUCUCGCAGCGACGCCCCGCAACUCGGCAUCUCGGGUGAGAAGCUCGAGGCGCUCUGCGCACCGGGCGCGUCCAAGACGGCGCUUGUCGACGCGCUCCAAUCGAUCACACACCACUUGGCCAUGAUGGAUGCGUCCGCCGACACGGACGCCGGGUUUGGCGUCAGCCUCCUCCUCGGGCGGCCCAAGUCGCAGCGACUCAAACACGAUACCAAGAUGAUGACGUUGCUCUGCUCGAUCCUCAAGCAAGAGUCUCCGUUUGCGCUCGAGUGCCGACUCUUGGCAUGCCAGUCGCUCAACUACCUCGUCAAGCUCGACGAGCGCGCGGCCGACGGCAAGGCCGCCGCCGACUGGAUGCACAUGUACCUCGAUGCGAUGAACGAGAUGGCGGCGUCGCCGACAACAGACAAGAAGUUGCGGCAGCAGCUUGCCGAAGAGGCGCUCAACGGCCUCGACGUCGUCUGCUCGACACACCCACUGGCGUUUCGCGCGCUCUGCGACCCGCCAUCGCUCAUCGCGUAUCUCGAAUUCGUGCGAUUUGCCGAGACGCUCCACCUCCAAGUGCUCUUGACGUCGCUUGCGAUGCUGCACAAGGUGUGCACCAAGGCCAAGCUGCCGGACAAGAAGACGAAGAAGAAGGCGACGAAGCAUGCGCCAAUGCUGCCGCUCGACGCGGUCGUCACCGCGAUCGCCCACGCCCUGCACCACGCCAACCCACGCGUCCAAAUCGCCGCGAUCAAGAGCCUCACGACGCUUUACCACCGGUCGCUCUCGCUGCACAAGAGCUCACACCUCACAAUGCCGGAACAUUGCCUUCGUCAGCUACUGGUGAUCAUGGUGCAGCAGGACGACGGGCACGAAGCCAGCCGCGCCGCCGUGACGCUCUUGACGCACCUGCUCGAUGACGCACCGGCGCUUCUAUCGACCAUCAUCUCGGCGACCGUUGCGACCGACCUCCUCGCGCAGCUCACGGUCGUGCUCAAGACGUCGAAGUCGGAAGCCGUGGUCACGAGCACCCUUCGGUUUCUCUCGCAUGUCGUCCGGCGCGUCCAUCCCCGAGCGUCGGCGCCGUUGACGGACUUUAUGGCGGCGUUUGUUCGUGCGAGUGCCGUUCCUGCCGUCCACACGCUCCUUCGCGAUGGCGCAAGCCUCAGUGGCACCGACGACCUCGUGCUGCUUGCGGUCGAACACGCUUCCAUGGAGAUGGUGCGGUUCCUCGUCCAAAAAGGCGCCGAGAUCUUACCGGAUGCGGUCCACGCGGCCGCCUUGCACCGACGCUGCGACGUGCUAUCGUACUUUUUACAGCACGGCGCCAACCCCAAGCUGCUGGACGCGAACGGGCGUAGUGUCGCCGAAGCCUUGGCCGCCGCGGGCGACACCGAAGCCAGUAACCCGUGCGUCAAGCUCCUCGCGCUGUACGACAGCCAGAAGGACGAGCAGAGCGACGAUCCCCCGGCGUGGUUUGCUCGGGAUUGGAUGGUCGAUGACGGCGUCGACGAGUCGGAAGCGUCCGAGCGCGAGUUUGACGAGGAAGAAGAAGACGACGAAGAAGACGACGACGACGACGACGAACUGGACGACGAACGAGAAGAAGGAGACGAGGACAAUGACGACAUGGGCCGCGAUGACGGCACCGUCCACGACGAGUCGAUGGACGAGCAGUCGGGCGACGACCGGGGCCGGUCCCAAAGCAUCGACUCGAUCGAAUGCGCCGUGGACCUUCCCGACGCCGAUGUCGCGGCGUUCACGUCCAAGCUCCUAGCAACGCUCCUCGAGCUCUGCCCGACGAUCGACAACAAGGCGAUUGCGCAGACGAUUCUCGGCGCGGUCUGCGCCAUCUUGAACACGUCGGUGGACCUCUCGUUUGGCCAAAUGACGCGCCUCCUCGAGAUCAUCCAGGGUCUUCUCAUGGAGCUGCAUCAAGCGCGCGACGAGGCGGCAUCCGUGGGUCCGUUUGUGCUGGCGCUGCGUCUCUUGCACGCGCUCACGCGGCCCCAGCGCACCGAGUGGAUCGUGCAGAUGGAGCGCCAGGGUAUUCUCGCUCUUGUGUCAACCAUCGCGUCGCGCCAAGCACCGACGUACGACGCGACGCUCGCGGGUCUUGCCCAAGCGUGGCUCGACGCGCUCUAUGCGUGGUUUACGCCCACGACGACCGCGUCGACAACCGCGUCCGAUGUGCUCUCGCAGCUCGAGGCGGCCUGCGACCGUGGAAGCGUGGCUGACAUAUUGCGGCUUCUCAGUGUCGACAAUGGCGUCACAACGUACGAAUUUACCAAGUCGCGCGUCGUCCCGACACUCCUCUCGCUGCUGCAGGCAUCCCCUGUGCCGUGGCAGCCGUCACUCGCGAAGCUCGUGCAUCAUUUGCACCAAGCGAUUGGGCUCCAUGAAACGCUGCCAGUCGUGAGCUACGGGCUCGCGAAGGGCAAGGAGCUGUACCCACUCACGCGCCAGCUGCGGUGCCGACUCCGCCUCACGCCGCAGUGCGCGACGUACGCGAGCAUGCCGCCGCGAAGCAUCCAUGCGUCCCCGCUCACGCUCUUCUCGUCGUUUGAGCGCACGGUGUUUCGGUGCGCGACGCUCACUGAUCCGAAGUGGACGGUGUACGCGUGGAACCUCGUGGGCCAGCGCAUUUGGCGCCAAAUCGACGGCAAGUGGGUCGAGUGCCUCGUCGCGGGCUUUGAUUCUGUCUCGGGCUGCCACUUGGUCUCGCGCGGUGACGACUUUACCGAGGAGGUGCUGCACGAAGAGCCGUACCGCCUCGUCAAGAAGCCGCUCACUGUGUUUGCCAAUGUGUCGAUGAACGUGGAGGCGUUUGGAAGUGACCCGAGCUUGAAGCGCAAGGCGAAGACCGACGACAAGAAUGAAACUCGGCGCUCCAAGCGGGCCAAGAAGCGGCGCGGGUCGGCGUCGGAGGAGGAAAAACAAGCCGACGAUGAGCACGACAUGGACGACCAUGACGAAGUGGAUGAUGACGACGAAGAGGGUGGCGACAUGCAGGACGAUGACGACGACGACGACGACGACGGCAGUGUCCUGGACGUGGACAUGGAGCAGGACGCGGCGAUGACCGAAGCGCGCGGGAAGCGGAAGCGUCUGAUGGACAUUCUCAAGCUCGACCAGGCCGCGACGUCGAUGGCGGGCGACCGCGUGUGGUUGCGCUCGUCGCUCUCGGAAGUGUGCGUGAGCGCCGUGGUUGUCAAGCGGCUCGAGCGCCACCAGCUCUUGGUGCACGCGGCCUUUGGCACGGAGGGCGCGCCCGUGCCGCUCACGGUGGACGAAGCGACGCUGGUCGCCCACCAGCCGCGCGCGCGCCCCGGAUCCGCCGCCUCCAAAGUCAACCGCAUGAUGGGCGCGCUGGAAUCUCAAUUCCGGCAAGGCGGUCGGCCGAUGAUGGAGCAACUGCGCCGCCUCUUGACGCGGCCCCGCGGUGACGACGACGCAUCAGCAACGUUGACGCCACCGCCAACCAAAAAGGCCAAGGGCAAGCAAAGAGCCGCCCCGACGCCGCCGACUUUAGUCCGUGACGGCGCGUCAUGGACGUGUGACGCGCCACCCAAAGUGCGUUGUCUCUUGGGGUACGGCGAGUACUCGGACAAGGGCCACGACGAGGGCGUCCCGACCCACCCGCUCCAGGGCCUUGUGCUCACGAUGAACCAGAAGAGCUUGCUCGACUCGGUGCGACCCAUCUUCACGGCCCUUUUCGAGGCGUUUGCGACUGGCGGUCGCCCCACGUUGCUGCCACCCGCGCCCGUCAACGUCCAGAGCACGUUGACCUUGGGCCUCGAGGACUUUGGUGCGUUUGUCAAGGCGGUCAAGCUCGGGCUGCUGGCGUCUGAGGAAGGCAUUUGGUUUAGCCAGUAUGCGGCCCUCGAGCAUGCGCGUACCUGCCUCACGCUAAGCGGUUUUUUCGACUUUGUCGCGCACCUGUGUCGCGAUAGCCGACGCUGCAAGCUCCUCUCGGCCUACCUGGAGAGCCUGGGCGUCUCGGAGGGCUCGCUGGCAGCCCCGUCGGCGUCGGCACCGACAACGCUCAUGGCGUUCCAGCCCGAAGACAACUUGCUCCACUGCCUCUCGCGCCUCAAGCCAUCGACCGCGCUGUCGUCCAACGUGGCGCCGUGGAAGUGCAUGUACUCGUUGUAUUGCGACUUUGCCGUCUUGUGGGAUGACGACGCAGCGUCGACUCCUGUCCCAGCGGUUCCGUCGACGCAACCGACGACGUACCGUGACGUAGUGGCCCCGAAAUCGCAAGAAAUGGACACCGCGCACGACGGCGCGUUGCACCAAGCGCUGCGCCUCCUCGCCGUUCUCUACAAGCAGUACGGCAAUGACGCGAACGCCGACAUGUGGGUCAACACUCGCUUGUCGCGGAAGCUGCGCCUGCAGCUGCACGACGUGCUGAGCAUCACGAGUGGGUCGUACCCCGCGUGGUGCGACGAGCUCACGCGCCAGUCCAAAUUUUUGUUUCCGCUCGAGCUCCGAUCGAUGCUGUUCCGUACGACGGCGUUUGGCUGCUCACGGUCGCUCCACUGGCUGCGCGACCACUUGGAGCCGUCGACCGAGUCGGACGAGGUGCUCUCGAUCUCGCCACUCCCGAAAGAACGCGCCAAGGUCGAGCGCAGCGACAUUCUCAAGUCGGCCGACGCCGUCAUGAAGGUGCACGGCAAGCGCAAAGCCAUCCUCGACAUUGUGUUUGUCGGGGAGCGCGGGUAUGGCUCGGGCGUCACUGCGGCUUUCUACUCGGCGGCCGCGCUAGCGUUGCAGUCGAAUGCACCUCUGGCGCUCUGGGUCCGCGGGGAUGAAGACACGUCGGACGAUAUGAUUCGGCACCCGAACGGUCUCUUUCCGCUGCCAACGGUCGACGCCCGCGGCCGCACCGAGCUCCUCGACCGCUUCCGCCUCGUGGGACGCUUGGCAGGCAAGGCGCUCUUGGACGACCGCCUCUUGCCGCUGCCGCUCGCACAGCAUUUUCUACAGCUCGUGCUGCACGAGCCGAUCGCAAUGCACGACCUCCCGACGAUCUUUCUCGAGCCGGGCCGGAUUCUCUACUCGCUCUACAAGGCGGCCCGGGCGCUUGAGACACAAGCGCCAAGCGCCGUGACUAUCGAAGGCACGCCAGUGACCGACUGGCUCGAGGCUGUCGACCUGUCGUUUGUCGACCCGUGUACGCAGACGGAGCUCGUGGCCAACGGCGCCGUGCUCAGUGUGACGACGGAGAACCUGUCGGCGUACGUGGAGCAGGUGCUCGACAUUUGGCUCGGCCGCGGCAUUGCCGGCCAGGUGCAGGCGUUCCGCGAGGGCCUCAACGACGUGGUCGCGACCGAGAAGCUCCGGCUGCUGCAUGCGCACGAGAUCCAAGCAGCGCUCUGCGGCACCGUCGACGUCGAGUGGACGGAAGCGUCGUUGCGCCAAACGAUCAAGCUCGCGCACGGCUACACAGCGGCGAGCGCGCCGAUCGAGUACUUUAUCCAGACACUCGUGUCGAUGACGACGGCGCAGCGCCGAGCCUUCCUCCUCUACGCGACCGGGUGUCCCAAUUUGCCGCCCGGCGGCGUCGGCCUCGAGACGCUCAAGCCGCCGUUCGAAGUCGUUCGGCGCGUCAUCAACGACGACGAGGACGUGGACCGUGCGCUGCCGUUUGCACGCACGUGCACCAACACGCUGCACUUGCCCGCGUACUCGUGUCGGGAGGUGCUCUCGGCGCAGCUCGAGUACGCGGUGCUCAACAGCAAGGGCGUCAUUGACCGCGACUAG